AUGAACGCUAUUCGCGGCUUAUGGCCUACUAUAGUUCGGCGUAUUGUUCAAGGAGAUGUGCUUGACAUAUCCCUUUCUAGACGGUCUAUUGAGGCCCUAGUGUCUCGUGUCGAUAAGUCUGGAGAGGGAAAAUUGAAUGCCUUCAACAUUAUUGGAGGUAUCCAGCUCGCCAUAUCCGUCCUAUGUUUCCUUACAUUUUCGUAUGUUCUGGGAAAUGUCUUCCUAAUAUUGGCUUCCGUCGAAACUGAUGCUCCUGCAUCUUAUACUCAAGUACCCGGCGAGAUGAUUGAUGAAGAAGCUGAGGGUCCCAAAGACCCAGCCGAUGAAGAGCAUGGCAUGUUAGCACGGCCGGUCACAUCUAAUCUUCGUUCUACCUGUCGCCGUCUGCUCUCUAUCGGUGGCAAGAAGUCCCUUUUUCGAGGGUUUGCCUGCUUCGUAGCCUACCGUCUUGCUAUCUAUCCGAUUACAUUUCUUCUCGGACUGAUCCCAUUUAUGCCCAGGAUAGCUUCUGCGGGUAUCGCGUCACUAAUCACCAUGCAGCUCCACACGGCAUGGACGCACAUUGUUAUUUCGGAGCCCAGCGCGAAGCCAUUCUGGCGUCGUCUACCGCGAUUUGAUCUCGUGCUUCGCGCUACUGCUGUCCCCACUGUGAUUCUCGGUAGCAUUACAGGAUUCGAGCAGGUGGUAACUGGAUCGGUAGCAACUAGCAUGAUUGCCCUUACACCGCCCGGUCUCUUGUUGCUCCUGAUUUUCCACUUAGUAUAUACCUUCAUCGCUAUUAUGCCGGCCGAGGCCGUCCUAGCUCGCGUACAAGCUUCCCUCCUCCCCGAGGAAGAUCGGCCGAUUAUCUCGCUAGACCUGGUGUUCGAUCAACAGAAAGCCGAGGGCAAGGAGUAUAUCUCUACUCAUGAGGCCUACCAGUCCGUGUCACGCGCCACGUGGAAAAGACUGUAUAUGUUACAUGUCAAGUUUUAUGGGCUUUCCUUUCUAGCAUUUAAUCUUAUAGGGGCUAUCGGGUAUAUGGAAACCAUCAUCGCCCGUAAAUUUAAAGCAGCUUAG